AUGGCUUUGAGUAACUCCAAAACUUUGCAGCAGCAAUAUCAACCUAGAAUUGAAACGUAUUUGAACAUGGUUCCGGACUUGCAACCAGAAGAAAAGGACUUAUUGACGUUUCUCCUAAGCCAGCCAGAAAGCCUGAGUCAAUAUGUUGCGUGCCCGAGCUUUCAAGCUGGACAGCAGCAGUUAUUUUCCGCCCAGUUUUCAGCAGCCCUGCCAUUGCUCAAAGAUGCUCUUCUUGCAUGUGCUAUAACUUUGAGGCAAUCCAGAACUGAAAUUGUCACGGAUACGACUUUUACCGUGCAAUAUAUAUUAAAGGCUAUGGAUGUAUUACGCUCCCUGCCUGUUUUAUCUUCACAAGAUGCAGUUCUGUGCAAUGCUUUAGGGGGUUUACUGGCUUUUUCUAUAUCUUCAGCCAUUGGUGUAGGAGUUCCAGAUAUUUGCCGUCACUGUCUCGGCACAACAACUCCAUUUGUGGAAACAGCAGUUUCUGAUGCACAAAACGAUCCGUGGAAGAGCUUUCUUAUCUUAUUGGAAACUAUGGAUUGUCUUGUUUAUCGACAAAAGCCGAUACUGAGAAUUCGGGUACCGUUGUCUGCUGCUGUUGAUUGUCGUCUUGGCCUCUGUUUGCCUCUGUUGCCUUACUAUCAUGAUCUUUGUGUGAUUAGCAAUUCACUUAUCAAUGUUACGGACGUCAAUGUUAUGGCUCGUUUACAAAAGCAGCUAGAUGAUAUCCAUUGCGUCGUGGAGCCAUGGCAGCCAUCUCACUUGGAUCAACUAGUUGAGCAGUUUGAUUCGACAGAAAUGAUUCACCUUCUUGCGCAAGCCAAGGUAUAUCGCUUGGGGGCGCUUCUACUGGGUCACCGAUUACGAUUUCCAUUUGUUUCUACAAAAGGCGACGAAGAUAUUUUUAUCUAG